AUGGAUGCUCGCAAGAGAGGACGCCCUGAAGCCGGCUCUUACAAUUCUAAUGGCGGAUUCAAGAGAUGGCACACUAGAGAAAACAAAUUUCAACUAAGUAAAAAACACUUAAUGUUUUCAACAGAGAUGGAAUCAAAUUCAACUGGUUUAGGAAGCAAAUCGAAGCCAUGCACGAAAUUUUUCAGCACUUCUGGAUGUCAGUUUGGUGAUAACUGCCACUUCUUGCACUACGUACCUGGUGGGUACAAUGCUUCAUCGCACCUGACAAAUCUCGGACAACCAGUUUCUCAAGUUUCCAGAAAUAUGCAAAGAUCCGGUGGUCCGGGAAGAUUCUCAGGGAGGGGAGAUCCAAGAGCAGGCCCUGUUUCAAGCUUUGGUGCUUCUGCUACUGCCAAGAUCAGUGUGGAUGCUUCUUUAGCUGGUGCCAUAAUUGGAAAAGGCGGAAUCCAUUCCAAGCAGAUAUGCCGUCAAACAGGGGUGAAACUGUCGAUUCAAGGUCACGAAAGAGACCCGAACAUGAAGAAUAUCGAGCUGGAAGGAACAUUUGAACAGAUCAAUGAAGCUAGCGGGAUGGUGAGAGAGCUUAUAGAGAGGCUUGGAUCAGGUGCUGCAAGGAGACCUCAAGUGUUUGAAGGGAAACCAUAUCCCGGGAGCAACUACAAGAGGAAGCUCUGUGACAGAUUUGCUCAAGGGAACUGUACAUUUGGCGAUGGAUGCCAUUUUGCGCAUGGUGAAACCGAGCUGCGCAGGUCAUGA